ACACGCCAUUACACCUACCUUUAGAGAAGGGGUGUACCAAUGUUUGUAACAUGUUAGCGCUUUACCAGUCUCCACUGGAGUCCCGAGCUCUAGAAGUUUCAAUAACAUUGAAUCUGGGCACAGACACUGAAAGCUGCAUCCUCUCUGCAUGAAGUACAGAAACCACACACAGAGUAACAGUCACACUGUCCCACCAUCUGCUUCUAUUGUAAAAAAACAUCCUCAUCUGUCAGUAAUCAGUGAGGAUCUUGAAGAGAUGGAGAAAGUAGAAGUGAUGGAGGUAAUGAAAGUGACUGAAGAGCUUGGGAGCUACAGUCAAGUGGAGAUGACUACCCCAAAAAAGAGGAAGAGCAAGGGUCAAGAGGACAGCAUUGAGAGACCAAAAAAGCCCAGGUCUGCCUAUCUGCUCUACUACUUUGAUGUUCACCAAAUGAUGCAACAGGAAAUACCAAAUCUGCCGCAGUCAGAGAUCAACAAGCGCAUCAGUGAGAGCUGGAAAAGGCUCAGUGUAGCUGAAAAGGCCUACUAUCUUGAGAUGGCCAAGUCCCAGAAGGAGGGCGUUGACACAUUGUCUCUCAGCCCCUCCAAAGAUCUCCCAGGUUUCCGCAAAAUCCUCCCCAGAGCCAAUUACUUCCUUUUGACCAAAGGUUGCUCCUCAAGUCAACAGCUGGGAGGGUCUCAGCUGGAGGUGGAAUCUCUGGACUCUCCCGUGGACGGGGUCCUGCCCUCUGUCUCUCUCAGCCAAGAGUCCCAGUUCACAGCCCUCGAGCUGACGGCAGAAGACGAACUUUCCAAUCACACUAUCAUUGUGGAUGACGUAGAAGAGGGUACAACGGUCAUCACUCAUCCAACAGCUCCUCAAGAAAUCCCGACCUCCUUAUCCUCCUCUGACCUACCCAGAGUGACUGUCUCUCAGGGAACUGUUGGUUGUAGUUUUGGUGGACCGAGGGUGCAGCAGAUUCAGGGGGAAUCUACACAGAUGGUUGCAUUCAUACCCACCCAGAACAUGUUGGAGCCAAAGUCUUUGGCAGCUGUUGCCCCUGUGGGGCCGAUGAUGAUGGUCUCUGUGGGAGCCAGCAUUGAACACACUGCCAAACCUUCAUAUAAAAUGUCGGUGAAGACUUACACUAGGCGAGGUCGAGGGAGGUGUCUUAACCCUGGGUGUACAUUUGUGUACGUCACCCGCCACAAGCCCCCAACAUGCCCUGAAUGUGGGAGCCACCUGGGCGGAAAAUGGAUACCUGCUACAAAGAAGAGUCAAGAGAAAGAAGCAGCAUCCAAGCUGAAAGAAAGCUCGCAGAAAGCUGAGAGCGGCCCCCCCACACCUCAGCCUGCUAAAGAGGAGAGUUUGGAUGUUAGUAAAACACUCACCACUGCAAGUAAGAAGGACAGAAGAGUUCAGCGAUGCCCCAGGAAGCAGAGUGCAGUUCCUAGUGAAAAGCCACCAGAGGGCAGCAGCAGCAAGGAUCAGGAACAAACAACACAGCUGAAAGAUGGUAUCAAAAGUACAGUAACUCAAAUUCAAUACAGAAGCAACACAGCUGUUCAAAAGAGGCCUGUGAGACCCAUCCUUCCUGCCUAUAACACAGGCCAAACUUUGUUCCAGAUCAUAACCGUCCCACCUGACAAAGAUAAACCUCUAAGUGCUAACGCCAACAUAUCUACAGUUCCUCGAGAGACUUUCUCAGGCCUCAAACCCAGCACUUUGAAGCAGCUUGGCCAGACUGUCCCAGUAACCACAGUGAAGCAGGAUCCUUCUGUCCCACCAGACGGCAGCCAGUCCAUGUCUGUGUCCUCUGAUAAGAGAGUUAAUAUCCUGUCAGUUGUGCCUUUCAAACAGCACACCAUCUCCAGCUUUGACUUAGGACUGUCCACAGCACGAGGAAGGGGUCGAUGUAAGAAUCCGUCCUGUGACUACAUGUAUAAGAACAGACACAAGCCUGCAGUGUGCCCUAAAUGUGGCUGUGAGCUAACCCAGAAGAACAUCAAAGAGAAAAAGUCUGGGACCCUGCUCGAUCCACACCAGCCCCUGAGUCCUGCCCAGAAGGACCUCCAGCGUCAAAAUACUGUACAGUUACUGCAACGCUUCCUGCAGAUUCCAGAAAGCGAGACAGAGCUCCAGGAAACCAUGAACCUCAUCCAGGAACUUAACAGCCUCCAGAUCAUCUUGGUCCAACCAGACAACCAGGAGCAGGGGAGCAGCGUCGAAACGGAGACGCUAGUGGAGUCUGGGUGGCCUCAGUUUUAUGAAUCAGCAGCCACUCACUGUGGCCUGUGUAACUACCCGCUCUUCAAAGGAAGUCAGAGUUCUGUUGCAGGACAGGAGGUCUGCUGGCUGCUAACUGAGACACUGAUGCAGACGGCGUCUCUGCAGCUCAAGGUGUGCCUCAAUGUACAGUGUCUGGCUCUGCACAGCUUCACUGACCUGCAUCCAGGUUUGUUCAACAUUGGGAACAGACUACUGGUUAGUAUUGAUCUGUUCUUGAAGAUCAGGGUGAGUAUCAAACUGGGCAAAGCCCCGUCUCAGGCAGGAAGGACCAUACUAGACCACAUCCCCAAUCACCCGGUCCACACCCUGAGUCCAGAGGAGUUAUGUCAGAUUCAAGAGCUUCUCCUGAGUGGAUACUGGGCCUUUGAGUGUGUGACGGUGCGGGAUUACAACGAUAUGAUCUGUGGUAUUUGCGGUGUUGCUCCCAAACUGGAGAUUGCGCAACGACACACGAACAACGUGCUGGAGCUGAAGAAUGUAGAGUUCACCUGGCCUGAGUUUUCAGUCCCAGACGAGGUCCACGUGGACGAUUUCUGGCUGACCAUGGAAAGUGAGGCCAUUGAGCAGGCAGCUUUUCCCACUGACAUCCCCAUCACACGGGUGGAUGCUUCCAUCAUUGCUCCCUUCAUCCCCCCUCUUAUGAGGAGUGCGACUGUUAUCAAUACAGAGAAAGACAAGGUCCAGGCACCUGCACAGCAGCCUGCAGGAGAUCCAUCAGUUCUGGUGCGUCUCAUUCAUGACGGUCAGCUGAGACUCGACAAGAUUGAGGAUCACAGUGAGGACGAGCUGAGAACAAUGCUGGACCGCUGUGGGGCAAGCAUUGCUCCGGGCUCUUCCAAGAACGAGCUGCUGGCCUCCCUAAUAUCCUUGUACACAGUUGUCCACGGUGGCCUCCCAACAGCUCCACAGCCCCCUCCUCAACUCACAGCUGGCAAGCUGUCCAAGGUCUGCCCUCACAAGGUAGUUUGUGGCUCUAAGUACUUAGUGAGAGGAGAAACAGCCCGAGACCAUGUAGACCUGCUCCUGUCCUCCCGUUACUGGCCCCCUGUCUAUGUGAGUGACUGUGCCCGCCAUGUUGCGCUCUGUGCUGACACGCAGUACCCAGAACUGGCAACCCAGAUGUGGGGCAGGAACCAGGGCUGCUUCUCUGACCCUUUGGAAAAGCCAGAGUUUGUGUCAUGUGCUGAGCUGCAAGAACAGUCGUACAAUGCUGACCUGUCGCUGGCAGCAGAGAAUCAGCACGUCCACCCCGUCACCAAAUCGUCUUGCUGUUGGCUGGUUCACCCUCCUGCAGCAGCCCAAGAGCCUGCAGAGCACCACUCUAUGGUCCUCUGCAGAGACCUGGAGCCCUACGUCAGCCUGGUGGAUGAGCUGGAGAAAGAGAAGACAAAUGCAGAGGAUGCAGAUGGAGCAGAACUGAAGGAACAGACAGACGUGAAUGAGAAUGACUCCUGUGAAAAAACAGAGGAAUGUUCCUUAGUAAGUCAUGCACAGCAGCAGCAGCCUCUGCUUUUCAACAACACAGCGUAUUACUACCUCUACAACCGCCUGGUAGAUUUCCUCAGCAGCAGGGACAUUGUGAGUCAGCAGAUCAACCAGGUGGUGAAGGACUGCCAACCUGGGGAGGUGGUGAUCAGAGACGCUUUGUACCGGCUGGGAGUGGCACAAAUCAACACAGGGAGGAGAGAACAUGAAGGGAGCGGGAUGGAGAGACAGACACUAGAGGGAGGGUCAGAGACGUAUGUUCUGCUUCCUGAAUAGAUGUUCAGAAUGGAGAAACACUUGAGAUGGACUGAAUGUACAAGUGUAUUUACAAAUAUUAAUGGUGUCUGAAGUGAGGAAAAAUAAGGUGCAAUGAAGACAGAUGCUUGUGCUGCCUGAAGGAUAAAAGAGAUGCAGUGCUAAUUCUCAUACUGCAAGUGAGGGUGCAGAACACGCAGGAGAGUACUUUCCAUUUAAUGUGGAGGACUAUCAUGUUCAACAACACAUUUUUCAGGGGUCUGAUGUUGUCAGUGAGGACAUAGGCUGAGAGAGUGAGGAUAAAGUGGGUUGGGUAUGAAGUUAAAAGAAAUCCGAGUGGUCAAUUUUCUUAACUGCAAAGAAAGAAAAUACAUCAAAUGUUGGUAUCAAUGUUAGAUGGUCAUUUUUGAGCAGCAUUAACAACAGUGACAGUGAGUGUUCAAAUAGAUAAGUCAAGAAAAUGAAAGCGCGCACUGCUUAAAACAACCCUCAUUGUUGGUCUCUGACUGAAGUAGUUGACAUUUUUACGUCAAGAGUCCAUGUUAUGUAAGAAGUAGCACAUGUUAUUGGGUCUAUGUGUGCGUACAUUGAUGUAUUCUUGUUAUGAGUAUUGGUCAGGCGCAUUGAAGAUGCAUUUCUAUGAUGAGUCAGCAGAAAUGAAUGUAUUUGACCGAUGGAAACCUGAUCACAAGUCUGUAGAAGUAUUCAGAAAGUGAGAUGCACCUACACUUGCAAGUGUACAGUCUACACACACAGGGACACACAGGAGCACUCCCCAUCCUAACUGACAGAGAUAUUAGUAUAAGUGUCUUAUUUGUCUUCAGAGGACUGAAAAAUGGUCUGUUUUCAUUUUUUCAUUUCCCUUGAAACCUCACAGAGCUCUGGCCACGUGCUGCAGUUUUAGUGACAUUAGAGGUGAAGAGAACAGACACUGCUUCCACCUGAACGUGCUUUAUAUCAGCUCUAGUGGAUUUCUCCUAGAGACAUGCAGAACAGCCAAGGGCCCUUUGACCUCCACCAAGCUCCCUCUGAUCUACGCCUUCUCUCAGAAACAAAAACAGGAGCUCAAUUUAAAAAAAGUCAAAUUUGCCAGCAAUUGAGUUCAGCCCUUCUUUCUGUAAUCACUUAGAAAACAGAAAAAGUGCUCCCUUUGCCUCAUGCACGGACUUACAAAGCUUCUUAAUUUACAUCAAGAUAUAAAAGUAAUGUUCAUAACACUACAUUCAAUACAACAGUCUCUGUGUAGUUGGUUUGAUCCAUGUUGAGCCUUAUACAAACAAUCCUUUGAAUAAUUAAGAAACUAAAUACAACACCUUUGCGCCUUCCAACAUACUUAGUUCCCUCCAUGCACUUUAGACCAUGAACCACAGAAUGCUUAAUAAUGGUCUUGAACAGGACCUUAAAAAUCAUACUGGAUGCAUUUCCCUGCUUUGUCUGGAGAUAUGUCUGCUUUGAGUUUUACUCUCUUACCUCUCACCUGCCACGAGUUGCCUUUUGGACUGAUGUUUGCUUUUGAAAAGUGACAAAUAAAUGUGCAUCCGCCAAAUGAAAUAAACCAUGAUGAGGUGGCUGA